AUGAGGUUUCUUUGUCUGCCUGGCGCAUAUGGUAGCGCUGAUAAAUUUCAAGUCCAACUAGCUCCCUUACUGAAGGAACUGACCGAUGAUGGCACCGCCUCCUUCUACUUUUGCCAUGGUCCAUGCAAGGCAGUCCCACCCCCUGGCUUUGAGGACUACUUUGGCCAUCCACCAUAUUACCGGUUCAUUGAGCCGGAUGAGAAGCCAGACGCGCCUCGGAUUAUCAAGAAGGCCAAGAAGGACGAUGUACUGUCCCGCAUCCGCGAAUUCCCGUCCUGGUGUGAGACCCCUGAAGACACGAUGCGAGAGUUGAUGCGCGAAGGUCUUGCAACAUCCCACAGAAGCACAGACCGCGCGAUCAAGUACCUCACAGAAGUCAUGGCCAAACACGGUCCGUUUGAUGGCAUCAUCGGUUACUCAGAAGGUGCAACUGUUGCUGCGACUAUGCUUCUUCACGAGCAGAGGCUAUUCCGCAAAGUUGGACUGGAGCCAAUGUUCAAGUAUGCCAUUUUUUUCGCUGGCUGGCCACCUGUCGAUCCGAUCACGCACCACCUGGUCUUAUCGGACGAAAGUGAAGACAGGAUAGAUAUCCCCACUCUGCACAUUGUGGGGUCUCUGGAUCCGUAUAUUGACGGCUCAAUGGCCUUGUACAAUGUCUGUGACGCCGACACUGCCUAUCUUUUUGACCACGCCAAAGGACACACACUUCCACGCGACAGGGAGACAAACAGAGAGAUCGGGGACAUUGUGAGAGAGGCCAUUGAAGAGAUGAGGGAUGGCGGCCUUCUACCAUGA